UUCCAGGGAACGACUAGACUCUUCUUAUCUCUCGCGGAGGAGGAGGGGCUUAUGACGAAUUGUCUUGGGAAAAGCUUUUUGUAUAAAUGUGGGUGAUGACGGCGACGAUCAGGGCAUGUUUUGAGAAUAUUAUCAAACAGACCGACAGCAACAUUGCAACGGCAUCAAAUACUUGAUUAUUAGAUACCUGCCUAUACUUCAAUCUUCGCUCGGAAAAGCAGUUCGCCAUGUACCGUGUUGGCAUUACCGCCCUAGCCCUCGCGGCUUUGGCCUCCGCAGCCCCCAUCUCCGAGCCGUCGAAGACUACGGAGCAGAGGGAUUUUAUCAUUCCCGACCCGAGCGGCUGGCUCCCAGGAUCGGGCAGCCCGCCACCGCCGACCUUCACCCUCCUACCUCCCAUCACCGGAGGCUUGGAGCCGUCGACUAAGAAGCGCCAGGACACCGGCGUGAUCCUCCCACCUAUCACCGGCGGCCUCGACCCGUCCGACAAGAAGAAGCGACAGGACACGAUCGGAAUCGGCGACGGAAGCUCUGACCCUGUUAAGGCACACAUCAAGGCUCUGGAGCUCGAGUACGAGGCUUUGAUUCACAACUUCGGCACGAACCCGCCCAAGCCAGUUGCCAAGCGCAUCGCCUCCAUCAAGGACGAGCUCCUGACCAAGUACGGCAUCAAGAUCAUCCAGUCGCCCGACGGCACCACGACCACCUUCGUGCCCGGCAAGCGAAGCGUCGUCGACAACGACUACGUUCCCGGCGGCCCCUUCUUCCCUCUACCGGGCUUUCCCGGUGGUCCGGUCACCCCGGACCCCGUAGUCCCGGGCGGCCCUAUCGAGGUCAGCGACUAGACGGAGGCGCAGCAGCAGCAGCCGGAGAGUGGGGGAUUCCCGUACCUACUGAAUAGGGGCGGGUGUUGGUUGGGUGGAGGGAGCUUUUUCCUUGUACGAAAGAACGUCGAACGCGAAAAAGAAAAACCGAGCGAAGGGAUCUAGGGGCGC